CCCAAAAUGGCGUCUAUUAUGGAGGGUCCGCUGAGUAAAUGGACGAACGUCAUGAAAGGCUGGCAGUAUCGCUGGUUUGUGUUGGAUUACAAUGCCGGUCUGCUCUCCUACUAUACGUCAAAGGACAAAAUGAUGAGAGGCUCAAGGAGAGGCUGUGUGAGGCUUAGGGGGGCUGUGAUUGGUAUCGACGAUGAGGACGACAGCACCUUCACUAUAACCGUCGAUCAGAAAACCUUUCAUUUCCAGGCUCGUGAUGCGGAUGAAAGGGAGAAGUGGAUUCAUGCCCUAGAAGAGACAAUCUUACGGCACACUCUGCAGCUCCAGGGUGUGGAUUCUGGAUUUGUUCCGAGCGUUCAGGAUUUUGAUAAGAAGCUUGCCGAGUCGGAUGCUUACCUGCAGAUUCUGAUAGAUCAAAUAAAGUUGUUUGAUGACAAAAUCAAAAACUGCAAAGAUGAUGAACAGAGGAAGAAAAUUGAAAAUCUUAAGGAUACCACGUGUAGCAUGGUAGAAUCAAUCAAACACUGCAUAGUGUUGCUGCAAAUCGCAAAGGAUCAGACUAACGAGGACAAGCACGCAGAUGGACUGAUAAGCACCAUAAAUCCAGUUGACUCCAUCUUCCAGCCCAGACCUUUGGAGCCCACCUUGAUAUCUGCAAUGCCAACACAAACUGUUCCAAUGCCAGAAUCAGGUAAAGGUGAGCAGCGUCCUUCCUCCCUAGCUGUUGGACCUGUAGUGACCACCCUAGGAACUCACCAGACCCCAACUCCCAACAGUACAGGAAGCGGUCAGUCGGUCCCCAGCAGCAGCCUGACCUCCCCCAGUCACAUUAACCUGUCGCCGAACACAGUCCCAGAUUUCUCCUACUCCAGCAGUGAAGACGAAUUCUACGAUGCAGAUGAAUUCUAUCAGAGCAGCUCCUCUCCAAAACGCUGCAUGGACUCGUCGGAGUCUGCAGCAGCCAUGACCCGUAGCAGCACAGGCACCAGUUUAAAGAGACCAGACACUACGGAAUCGCUGAACUCCUCAAUGUCCAAUGGAACUAACGAUGCAGAUCAGUUUGAUACUCAUGAAGACCAUGAUGAUGGAGAUGGGGAGUCUGUGGAGGAGCAUAAAAGCGUCAUCAUGCAUCUCCUCUCUCAGGUUCGGCUGGGAAUGGAUCUCACAAAGGUUGUGCUUCCCACCUUUAUUCUUGAAAGAAGAUCUCUUCUGGAAAUGUAUGCCGACUUCUUUGCACAUCCAGACUUAUUUGUAAGCAUUGGUGAACAGAAGGAUCCCAAAGACCGCAUGGUCCACGUGGUUAAAUGGUACCUGUCUGCCUUUCACGCGGGCAGAAAAGGAUCUGUUGCCAAAAAGCCGUACAACCCCAUCCUGGGAGAAGUGUUUCAGUGUCACUGGGAUUUGCCAGGACAUGAAAAUGAUGAAACUCCUGAGCCCGUAUCUGAAGGACCUGUACCUUGGGCUUCCAAAAACAACGUUACCUUUGUGUCUGAGCAGGUGUCUCAUCACCCACCAAUUUCAGCCUUUUAUGCAGAAUGCUACAAUAAGAGGAUCCAGUUCAAUGCUCAUAUCUGGACAAAGUCAAAAUUUUUGGGGAUGUCAAUCGGCGUCCAUAAUAUUGGGCAAGGUUGCGUGUCAUGUUUGGACUAUGAUGAACACUACAUUUUAACCUUCCCCAACGGAUAUGGGAGAUCCAUCCUGACUGUGCCUUGGGUGGAACUUGGCGGCGAAUGCACCAUUAACUGUUCCAAAACAGGCUACAGCGCCACCAUCACGUUCCACACCAAGCCUUUCUACGGCGGGAAGAAGCACAGAGUAACAGCAGAAAUCUAUUCUCCAAAUGACAAGAAAUCUUUCUGCUCGGUAGAAGGAGAGUGGAAUGGCGUCAUGUAUGCAAAGUAUUUAAACGGGGAGAAUGCAGUUUUUAUAGAUACCAAGAAGAUGCCUAUAGUGAAGAAAAAGGUCAGGAAGUUGGAAGAUCAGGUGGAUUAUGAAUCUCGAAGGUUGUGGAAAGAUGUCACGUGCAAUUUGAAAAUCCGAGAUAUUGAUGCAGCAACAGAAGCAAAGCAUCGCUUGGAAGAAAGACAGCGGGCCGAGGCGCGGGAGCGCAAAGAGAAGGAGAUUCAGUGGGAAACGAGGCUGUUCCAUGAAGAUGGCGAGUGCUGGGUGUACGACGAGCCUUUGCUGAAACGACAACCUUCCCUCAAAUAUUAAGGAGCAUUGUAAGUGAAUAGUUCUUGUCCAAUGCCAAGAAAUGAAGGUAUCGGCGAGGCACCGGAUGAACAGAUCCUCCCUGUGGUGCUGAGAGCCCCCUUUACACUGCAGCGGUUCCUAACUCAGGGAUACUGGACUUCUACAGAUGGACAAUUCAAACAGGGCUCUGUUCCUGUAUCACACCAUAUGCUUUAAUAGCCCUAUCCAUCCCCUAAACCAUGAUGAAAUUCUUGGGUAUGUACAAUGGUUAUUGGUUCCCUUUAACAAGAACUGAGAACACGGAGCCUCUCUUUCCACAUUGUAGCCUUUAACAGUUAAAGGACUUAUAAUCACAAUUCUGUAUCAAAACAAUGUCAAGUCCCUGUAUGUACGAUAUCAAUCUGGAAUUGUAAUAAAGCAUACAGGACAAUGUAAUUCUGUAAAAUGUAAAACACUUUUUUUUGAGUUCUCUGCCCCUUCAAUAGGCUUUAGAUCCCCCAACUAUCCAAUAAAUCUUACCCCCACGAUAUAUAUAUAUUCAUCCAUAUUUUUUUCCUAAACCACUCUUGCAUUUGUAUUUAUUUCCUAAUAAAGUUAGAGCAAAUUAUUUUACUAGAUUUGCAUUUAUGAUUUGCAUUAAAUUAUAUCUUCAGAAAAA